AUGGCGAUGAUGGACAAGUGGACAGGCCUGGGAUCGGCGCUGGCAAGCUUCUUCUUCCUCUGGUCCGUGGUGCAGAACCACAUCCCCGUCGCCUUCCGCUACCGCCUCAGCACCUGGGGAAACAAGCUCGUCUCUUUCUUCAGCCCCUACCUGGAGAUCACCAUCAACGAGUACGGCGCCGAGGGCUUCCACCGCAGCGACUUCUACCUUGCUGUCGAGGGCUACCUAUCUGACGCCUGCGCACGCCGCGCGCGCAAGCUCAGGGCCGAGCUCGGCAAGAACAGCAAGAAGCUCCAGGUCUCCGUCGACGACAACGACGAGGUCACCGACGCCUUCGCCGGGGCCACCAUCUGGUGGUACGCCUGCAAGCAGUUCGCCGGGUCCCAAGUCAUCAGCUUCUACCCCGGCGAGGAAGAGCGCCGCUUCUACCGGGUUAUCUUCCACCAGCGCCACCGCGACCUCGUCGUCGACAGGUACCUGCCCUACGUCCGCGAGGAAGGCCGCGCCGUCACCGACCGCAACCACCAGCGCCGCCUCUUCACCAACAACCCCAGCGGCAGCUGGAACUCUUACCGUGGCAAGAACGUCUGGAGCCACGUCCCGUUCGAGCACCCGGCCACGUUCGACACGCUCACCAUGGACCCCGACGACAAAGAGGAGAUCCUUGACGAGCUCCAGGCGUUCCGGGAGGCUAAGGACUACUACACCAAGGUCGGCAAGCCGUGGAAGCGAGGGUACCUGCUCUAUGGGCCCCCGGGCACCGGCAAGUCCACCAUGAUCGUCGCCAUGGCCAACUUCCUCGACUACGACGUCUACGACCUCGAGCUCACGGCGGUCAAGAACAACACUGAGCUGCGGAAGCUCUUCAUCGAGACAACCGGCAAGUCCAUCAUCGUCGUCGAGGACAUCGACUGCUCCGUCGACCUCACUGGCAAGCGCAAGGACAAGAAGGCAGAGAAGAAGGCCGAUGCAGACAGUGACGACAAGCCCAAGCUGCCGAUGGAGCCUGACAAGGACGAAGGCAGCAAGAUGACCCUUUCGGGGCUGCUCAACUUCAUCGACGGGCUCUGGUCGGCGUGCGGCGGAGAGCGCAUCAUCAUCUUCACCACCAACCACAAGGACAAGCUGGACCCGGCGCUGAUCCGGCGAGGCAGGAUGGACAGGCACAUCCAGAUGUCCUACUGCCGCUUCCGGGCCUUCAAGGUGCUCGCCAAGAACUACCUGGACGUCGAGGAGCACGAGCUGUUCGGCCAGAUAGCGCAGCUGCUCGAGGAGACAGACAUGUCGCCGGCAGAUGUGGCCGAGAACCUGAUGCCCAUGUCCAAGAAGAAGAAAAGGGACGCCAACGCAUGCUUCGAGGGUCUUGUGGAGGCUCUGAAGCAAGCCAGACAGGAGGCGGCCGCUAAGGCACUGGCUGAGGCGGCCAAGGCGAAGGAGGAAGCAGAGGCGAAGGAGAAGGCAGAAGCGGAGGCAAAGGAGGCCAAAGAGAAAGACAAGGCAGCGGCGGAGGCAACAGAAAACAGAGGAGAAGACAAAGGGAAGGACAGCAAGAUGAGCAACGGAGAAAUCAAGGAAGGUGACAAGUGA